AUGUUAAAUCGCUACAAGACAUCACAGGAUAUUGAAAAUAUGGAAGAUCCCAGGGCUGACCACCAGCCUCUUACAGAGGCGUCUUACGUUAACCUGCCUACCAUUGCUCUAUGUAACACAGACUCUCCUCUGCACUAUGUGGACAUUGCCAUCCCUUGCAACAACAAGGGAGCUCACUCAGUGGGUUUGAUGUGGUGGAUGCUGGCCAGGGAAGUUCUGCGCAUGCGUGGCACCAUUUCCCGUGAACACCCGUGGGAGGUCAUGCCUGAUCUCUACUUCUACAGAGAUCCUGAAGAGAUUGAAAAGGAAGAGCAGGCUGCUGCUGAAAAGGCUGUGACCAAGGAAGAAUUCCAGGGUGAAUGGACGGCUCCAGCUCCUGAGUUCACGGCUACUCAGCCUGAAGUUGCAGACUGGUCUGAAGGCGUGCUGAAUGCUCAAAGUCAUCCUGACGUUUACGAGUCUGACACAUUGUAUACCCCAAUAACUUUUGAUAAGUAA